AUGAACCCAUUUUCAAACUCACGUCUGGAGCCGAUUUCCGAAGAGAUAACUCCCGCAGACCACUAUAUUCUCUGCCGCGGUGGAACAUCCUCUAAUCUGGAGCGGCUGCCUUCUCGGUUGGAGCGAUCGAAACGCGCUUCUCCAGAUCUGAAGAAGAAGUUGGAAGAAGUUGCAUUUGAAUCAAGCUAUCUCAAAGCCGAGCUUCAAUGGAAUAAAGAAACUAAACAGAUACUGCUCAAUUUCCACGAACAAAUGCAUCGCGUCUUCGAGUCAAUGGAGGAUUAUUUGGCCGAGGCGACACUGCGUCUUCAGGAGGCUGAGCGACGCUACCUGAGCCUUUGGGAAAGAGAUUCUGGAAGUGACCAAGGGGUUAGAAUAUAG